ACCGCCGCUGUUUAUAAUUAUCCUUGCUUUAGUAAACAUUUAAUCGCUUUCGGAGAGUUGUUAAAGUAAAAUAUAAUUUUUUGCUAUUUUUAUUUAACAAAUAUUUCAAUAGAUUGCAAUGUUUUAUCACAUUUCACUUGAGCACGAGAUUCUCUUGCAUCCGCGUUAUUUUGGUCCGCAGUUGCUGGAGACUGUAAAGCAGAAAUUGUACACAGAAGUAGAAGGUACCUGCACGGGAAAAUACGGGUUUGUGAUAGCAGUGACUACAAUCGAUCAGAUUGGCUCUGGUGUAAUACAGCCAGGCCAGGGAUUUGUGGUGUAUCCAGUGAAAUAUAAAGCGAUUGUUUUUCGGCCGUUCAAGGGCGAAGUAUUGGAUGCCGUCGUAAAGCAAAUUAACAAAGUUGGCAUGUUUGCGGAAAUUGGGCCACUCUCGUGUUUUAUAUCACAUCACUCCAUACCAGCUGAUAUGCAGUUCUGUCCAAAUGGUAAUCCACCAUGCUACAAAUCGAAAGAUGAAGAUGUGGUGAUUUCUGGAGAAGAUAAGAUACGUUUAAAGAUCGUCGGUACACGUGUAGACGCUACUGGUAUUUUCGCCAUCGGCACACUUAUGGACGAUUACUUGGGUUUAGUGUGCAGUUAGGUGUACUUGCUUGGAUUCUACCUGAAAAAUUGGACGAUUCUCUUUAUAAAUAUGCGCAUAGACUAAGUUAGAUUAUAUAUAAUAUUUGUACAUAUGUGUAUGAACAAAAUACAUUCAACACCGGUUGAAUUCAAACACAAAAAAUGCUCUUCAAAUGUAUCAUAUUUAU